AUGAAACUUCCGCCACCACCCCCAGGCCUUGAUAUCUACGAGAAUCAGACGGCACAUGUCAUUGCAUCCGUGCUUGCUCCAGCUAUACUCGCUGUCAUAGCUGUGGGAUUGCGGAUUGGGGCGAGAUAUGUGUCCAAAGCGAAGUUCCAGUGGGAUGACUAUGUGAUCGUAAUAGCAUUGGUUCUCAACACGGCUAAUUGUGUUCUCAAUAUCUUAAGUACGGACAAUCGCAGGCGGCUCUACCAUUAUCAGAACAACCGACUAAAAGACUAUACAGUGGCCAAACUAGGUGGAAUGGGUAAACAUAUAUGGAACCCUUCUAUCAACCUAGUGAUAAUGUAUCAGCUCGUCUUCGCCAUGGAAUUUGUCUACAGCUGUACAAUCCCUGCGAUCAAAAUGUCGGUGAUUAUGUUCUAUCAUCGCAUCUUUCCAAUUCCUCGCUUCACCUACAUUCUCUAUUUCUGCUCAUUCCUCGCGCUUGGGUGGUUCAUUGGCGUGAUGGUUUUUAAUCUGAUCCAGUGCACUCCAUACUCGUAUUUCUGGGAGCAAUACGGAGAUACAAAUGCCCAAGGAUCAUGCCGAGAUGUUGAAGCUUACUUCAUGGGGAAUGGCAUUGCGGAAGCCAUCACCGACUUUAUUAUCCUUUGUGCCCCGUUUCACCAGGUUUGGAAACUUCAUAUGCCAACCCCUCAAAAGCUUGCGGUCAUUGGCAUCUUCGGUCUUGGAGCCUUCACUUGUAUUGCGGGCGCGCUUCGCUGCUAUGCAGUGGCACUCAUGACCGAGAAUAUGGACAUCACUUGGAACUUUGGCCGUGGAUUUAUAUGGAGUUCUAUUGAACCUUCGCUUGGUAUUAUAUCUGCAUGUUUGCCAACCCUUCGACCUCUUUUACGGCAUAUCUUCCCAUCAGGACUUGGUCUCAGCAAAAAAUCAAGUGAAUUUUAUCGUCUGCAAGAGGGCCGCUCCUUUCCGUCUGGCAGCGACGGACGUGCUGCAGGAAAUAGAAAGACUCGCAAGGGUUCCCCGGACUCGGCUGCUCACCUGGAGCCGCAGAGCGACCCGAACUCCUUUAUCAUAGUUCGACGCGAUAUUUCGUGGUCCUCUAAGCACGGUGGAGACUAA